AUGCUCUUCACUUCCGCGUCCACACUGUUCCUCGCCGGCGCCGUCCUCGCUGCCCCCAGCAGCAAGGCCGGCGCCGUCGACAUUGACGCCGUCAUUCCGCCCAUCGUGCCAGUCAACACGCGCGGCGGCAACGCCGACCUCAUCACCAAGCUCAUCACCGCGCCCACGGCCGUCGACCGCGCCAAGCUGCUCGACCAGCCCGGCGACUGGGUCUUUGACUUUAAAGACGUCGACGCCACCAGCCGCUCCGAGGCCAAGGGCCGGGGCGGCCUCUCCAUCGCCGCCACCGCCAAGACGUUUCCCGCGCUCAUCGCCAACGGCGCCUCCAUGACCGUCGCCUUUCUCGGCCCUUGCGGCAUGAACACGGCCCACGUCCACCCGCGCGCCACCGAGCUCAACAUUGUUGUCCAGGGCCGCCUCGUCACCAACUUUGUCCUCGAAAACGGCGCGCCGCCCGUCGCAAACACGCUCAACACGUUUCAAAUGACUGUAUUCCCGCAGGGCGCCAUACAUCAGGAGUUUAACCCAGACUGCACAGACGCCGUCUUUGUGGCGGCGUUUCCGGAUACAGACGCCGGCGUCAGCCAGGUUGCGCAAAACUUUUUAAGCUUGCGCGCGGAUGUCGUGGGCGCGACGCUUGGCGGCGCGCAGACGCUCAAUGGCAAGGACAUUGAGAGUUUUCGGCAUGCUCUUCCUGACAAUAUCGCGCUUGGUAUCGACGCCUGCUUGGACAAGUGUGGCAUUCAGCGCAACGCCAAGCGUGAAUUGAGUGAGCUGUUGGACUAG